AAGUUCCGAACAAACCCUAUAGGACCAGCAUAAACCCUCUUUGCCUCUUGUGUGCUAUAUAAAGCGCCCCAACCCCCGGGGACUCUUCACUGCUUCUCUCUCUCCCCCCAACCCCCAGAGACUCUCUCUCUCUCUCUCUCUCUCUGUUCAUACCCAACAGUGAAUUUUAAGUUUUUAGUAUUUUUUUGUUGUUUUAAUAUGGAGGUGGUGAGAGUAAAUUAUGGCAUUGUUGCUUUGGAGACAAAGGUCUGGCCAGCGGUAGUGGCUGAAACGGCUUUGGUUGUUCAGAGGUCUCUUGCUUUGCUUCUCUUGGCGAUUUGUUGCGAGAUUAACUUAUUCCUGGAUGCCCUUGGAGUAGAUACGAGGUUUCCUCUAGGUGAACUUAACAGAGUGACAAAGCCUAAUGCUGAAAACAAGGAUGAAGAAGACGAAGAUAUUGAUGAUGAUGAGUCCACUGAUGACGACAGUGACGAUGACAACAGCGACGACAACGACGAUAGUGAUGAUGACAGUGACAAUGAUGAUGACAGUGAUGAUGAUGAUGGUGGAGGAAUUCCUAGGGAUAAUGCCGGGGAUGAUGGCGAUGACAGUAGCGAUGAAGACGAUGACAGUGACGAAGAUGAUGACGAGGAUUCCGAAGAAGAUGGGGAAGAAGAUGAGGAGGAGGACCAAGCUCAACCACCUUCUUAGAAGAAAGAGUCAGAUUCAGCUUGCUUUUAACCUGUUUGUUCCUGAAGUCUAGUAAUCUUAAAGAUUUUCCAUUUCUUUUUACCAAUGGUGGUAUUUUCAUUGGUAUCCCGUUUAGAUGAAAAUAUUUAGUCACCACAUUUCAUAUUUUGGUUUACAUAUCCUAGUGAAUGUCCGUUUUCGUCACGAAGUCUGAUUGUCUUCACUUGUCAAAUGGAUCUUGCUGUCAGAAAUUGGUUUCUUGAAA